AGUUUAGAGAUCAUGAGCGGAGAUGCAAGGCUUGACGAUGAUCAAAUAGCGGAGCUUCGUGAGAUAUUCCGAUCAUUUGAUCGGAACAACGACGGAAGCUUAACGCAGCUUGAACUCGGAUCAUUACUCCGAUCCUUAGGUUUAAAACCUAGUAAUGAUCAAUUAGAGGAUUUAAUCCAAAAGGCGGAUAGAAAUAGCAAUGGUUUGAUUGAGUUUUCGGAGUUUGUGGCUUUGGUAGCACCGGAACUUAUACCAGCGAAAUGUCCGUAUUCGGAGGAACAAUUGAAGAAGAUAUUUCAGAUGUUUGAUAGAGAUGGAAAUGGUUUGAUUACGGCUGCGGAGUUGGCUCAUUCAAUGGCGAAGUUAGGGCAUGCGCUUACACAAGAGGAGUUGACUGGGAUGAUAAAGGAAGCUGAUAGGGAUGGUGAUGGUUGUAUUAGUUUUGAGGAGUUUGCUCAGGCUAUGACUUCUGCUGCGUUUGAUAAUUCCUGGACAUGAAAAAUGUGAAAGAAAAAGAGACUGGACUAGGACAAGAACUCAUUUCAAUCAACAAAGCUGUCUGCUGGGAAUAGAUGGGAAUGUUCCAAUACGAGUUCAUAGUUCAAUUUUUUUUUUCAAAUUUUGCCCCACUUUAUUUUGUUUUUGUUUAUUGUUUUUUCUUUUGGUAGGUAAGCUUUUGUAGCAUAACUCAUCAUUACAGAAAUGAAAUGCAUUGGGAAGGAUGAAA